AUAUUUUGCCUGGGAGCCAUCAGCUUCGGUUCUAAACGUUCCCCAACAUGGAGUCUACGACUGAAAGUCCAUUUCCAAAAGUAGCCCAGCUUCUUUCAGCCCUCUUUGUCGUGGGUUUCUUGAUCGAUGGGAAGCCUCACAAGCAACUCCUAGCCCUCCACGACAAGUACGGUCCUAUUGUCAGAAUCGCCGACAACGAGAUAUCCUUCAUCUAUCCCGAUGCAUGGAAAGACAACAACGGCCAUCGAAAAGGGAGCGUACCCGAGAACACCAAGGAGCCACUAGCCAUCCUCGGCAACGAACACAAUCUUUUUGGUGCGAACCUUGAGGACCACAAUCAUAUGCGCCGCGUUCUCUCGCACGGGUUUUCUAUGCAGGCCAUGAAGGAUCAGCAGCCUCUCAUCUCGACCCACGUCGACCUCCUGCUACAACGGCUGCGGACGCAUUCAGCGAGGGGGACUCGUCCUGUUGAUAUGGUGUCUUGGUAUAACCGCGUCACGUUUGAUGUGAUCAGUGACCUGUCCUGGGGUGAGCCACUGGGAUGUCUGGAGAAAGAGCAGGAUCACCCGUGGAUCGUGGCCUUGGGACACACCGUCAAGUACCAACUGUACCUUGGAAUCGCCAAACGCUUUCCUCCCCUUACCCCCUUGCUGAAAGCUUUCAUCCCGAAGGAGUUGACUAGGCUGGAGCAAGAGAACUUUGCAUUAGCUGCAGCAAAUGUCGAGAAGCGAAUCGCUCUGGCGGAUUCUCGCACAGACUUCAUGGAAUCAAUGAUCCGACAAAAGGGGGAAAGGGAGAUUCAAAAACACGAGAUGGUCAGCAAUGCUUUCCUACUCAUGCUUGGAGGUUCUGAGACGUCCGCGACCGCACUUUCAGCAGUCACAUACUUCUUGACGUCUCACCCGACAGUUCUGUCCAAGCUUACCCACGAAGUCUUGUCUACGUUUCAAACGGAAGAAGAAAUCAACAUCAACUCGGUCCAAAACCUCCCAUACAUGCUAGCUGUCCUGGACGAAACCCUACGGCUGAACCCGCCUCUCCCUGGCUAUUCACCGCGCGUGGUGCACAAGGGAGGCGACACGUUCAAUGGGGUCUUUAUCCCGGAAGGCACCGUCAUUGGAAUUCCCCAGUGGCCAAUGUAUCACAGCUCUCAGAACUUCACGCUCCCUGAGUCCUUCAUCCCAGAGCGCUGGUUGGGUGAUCCUCGCUUCGCUAGCGAUCAAAGAGAAGCCAGAAAGCCGUUCAGCUAUGGGCCGAGGAACUGCAUUGGAAUGAACCUCGCGUAUACCGAAAUGAGGAUUAUCCUAGCCAGGAUCAUUUGGAAUUUCGAGAUGAGACUUUCUGAUGAGAGUAGGAAGUGGACCGAGGAGCAGCAGGCGUGGGUUGUUUGGGAUAAGCCCGCGUUGAAGGUGUAUUUGACACCCCGUGAUUCGAUUCCGUCUAAGGCUUAGAGUGCACUUCCCGACUGGAGAUAUUAUCUCUGCUUAUGAUGGAAUUUUGAGUCACGAUGCAGAUAUUUGGAGGGUUUGACCAAAUCCAACUCAGACUGCAUAGCAUCAGCUCCAAACACGGAGUUGCGGAAGAGGUGGGCACGAGAACUCAAGUGUCUGGGUCCAAGACUGGUCAUUAAACGACUUUUGUGAUGAUGGCUAUCGGACCGGCAAGAUCUACCUGAUUUGGUCCUGUGGAUCACACCAUGGAUGCGAGAAUCCAGCGAUUCGUCAAUUGUCAAGACUGAAUACGACUAUGGUGUCAUUGGUAGUAUGGACCUAACUUCUGCGGUGUUCAUCUC